AUGAGAGAAGCUAAUAUUACUCCUAUAGUCCCAAGCUUAGCCAAAGAUAAGAUCCCCAAGAAAUGUCCGAUCCCAGCAUUUGAAUGCUACGAUAGAUCCAGCGAUCCCACGGCCCAUCUUCGGUAUUACAACCGUAUGUUGGCCCGAUGGGAUCAGGACGACGUGGUCCUCUGUAGAUAUUUCCCUUCAAGCUUGAAGGGAUCGGCUCUGUCCUGGUUUGAUAAAUUACCUCCCAACUCCAUCGGAUCGUAUGAGCAACUCACCGAAAAGUUUUUAAGAACUUACAUGUAUAACAAGGCUGUUCACGCUGGGAUGGACAAGUUAUUCUCAUUAGCCAUCAGAUACAAGGAGACGACCAGGGAAUACACGGAUAGAUGGCAUAAGAUAUGCCACGCUAUAGGGAAUGUGGACCCAGUGGUCAGCAUUUACUACUACAAGUGGGGUUUAGACAGGAUGAGCCAGUUGUUUGUCGAGAUUUAUGGGAGCGUACCCACGACGGAAGGGGAUCUUCGAGUAAUCAUCGAAAAACACGCCAGGUUGGAAGAAAUUUAA